AUGACCGAUUCAGGAACUCCUAAAGAGGAUAGGAAGAGAUUUUUUAAAGAUGAACUAGAAUCCUCAGAAAGUCAAAUUCCUUCUUUGGCGGAGAGACUUGAUAAAAGUAAAUCGUUUCUUUUUGGUGAAACUACUGAACCAGAAGACUCCGGCUCCUCACUAUUUGUUCCUAACCAAAUGGAUAUAGUUGAAUUCGAAAAAGGAUUUAAAGAAAUUAUGCCUGAUAUUAGUGAUAAGAUGUGUAAAACAUUAUUUGAAAAAUUCGAAGGUGAUGCGAAGCCUGUUGCCAGCGCAGUUGAUUACUAUUUUGAUCAUAACAAAAGUCUUAUAAAGGAAAGUAAAAAAGAUACCGAAAUUAUUGAUCUUUCAGAUGAUUCUUAUGAUGAUCAACAUUCAUCCAGUAUAAUACACAGUAAUCAUAUGAAUAGUGAUCCUCCUAUUCAUAGUGACUCCCAUCCAAAACUGACAUUCCAAUCUCUAUUCUCUCAAAAGAAAGACGAACUGAAAAAGAGAAAAGCUGAAACUACUAAUGAAAGAAUUGCUAAAAGGAAGAAAUCAUCAAUUUUAUGGAAAAAAUUCUUAGGUUCCAUGCAAGUUACAGCAAUGGCAACAAGGCCUACCAUUAGACCUUUAAAAUAUGGCUCAGAAUUGAAACUUCACGUAACAGAAUCAAAGAAUCUUUCACCAUCAAAAAUAUAUGAUUCGAAGGGGAAGAGAAAGCUUUCAAUGGCACAAUUAGUUAAACUACGGGAUAGAGAACAGGAUAGAGAAAUAGGAAGAAUCCCUGAAGAUAUUGCACAAAUAGUAUAUCCUUUAAUCGAUGAAUCGGGGGUCUCGUUUGAAGUUACGUUAGUAUAUAGUGGAGAUAAGCGCCUAAGUAUUGGUGAUAGUUUUAUUAUUCAAUUAGAUUGCUUUUUAACAUCUCAACUUUUUGAAAAAGAACCUGUAAGCUCACAAUCAGAUAGUACUUCCUUGAAACAAUCAGGUUGGGAAAUAUCUACUAAUGCAAUUUCAGAAACUCAAGAAGAAGUUGCGAAUAAAUAUAAACGGGUUGGUCUGUUGGCACUCUUUAACAAAUUACGGAUAAAGGAGGUCACAGAUGAGGCAAAAGUACUAGAAAGUAUAGAUAAUAGCGAACCUGAUAUUGUCGAUCUGGAAGAUGACGAUACCUUUGAAAGUAUUGUAUCAGAAAACAACAAUGAGCAAGACAUUAAUCAUAGCGACACAAUGGAUUUAAAUCAACUUCAAAAUUUUUACAGUAUUGCACAAUCCCUAGAAACAUUAAAGAACCUACCUGAAACAACGCCAUCCAAAGAUAUUAUGAAAUUAAACUUAAGAAGAUAUCAGAAACAAGGUCUAACAUGGAUGCUAAGGAGAGAAGGUGAAUUCUCAAAGGCAGCCUCCUCUGAAGAAAUUACACCACCAGAUGCCAUGAUGAAUCCAUUAUGGAAGCAGUUCAUUUGGCCAAAUGAUAUGUCUUGGGUUUCAAAAAGAGAUUCAAGUGUUCCAAAAUCUAGCAUUGAAAAUAUUUUCUAUUAUGCUAAUUUACACACUGGCGAAUUUUCUAUGGAGAAACCAAUCUUGGUCACAUCAAUGAAAGGUGGUAUACUUUCUGAUGAGAUGGGGUUAGGUAAAACAAUUUCAACAUUAUCUCUGAUAUUAUCUGCACCUCGCGAUUCUUCUAGUGAAGGUAAAAACUUAUUUGAAAAAGAACCAUCUGAAAUGUCACCGAGCUUAACCAAGAAUCCUCAGAAACCUUAUGCAUCGAAAACAACAUUAAUCGUUGUUCCGAUGUCCCUAUUGCACCAAUGGCAUUCGGAAUUUGAAAAGUCUUGUAGUGAUAAAAACUUACAUGCAGAAAUUUAUUAUGGUGGUAAUGUAAGCAACCUGAAAGCACAUUUAACCAAAAGUAAAAACCCACCAACUGUCUUAAUUACCACGUAUGGUAUAAUCCAGAAUGAAUGGACUAAACUUGUUAAGACGUCGGAACCUGAAAUAGAUUUAAAUUCAACUACCGGAUUGUUUUCUGUAUCUUUUUAUAGAAUUGUUCUGGAUGAGGGCCACAUAAUAAGAAAUCGACAAACAAUAACAUCAAAGGCUGUGCUGCAACUUACUGGUAAAUGUAAAUGGGUAUUGACAGGAACACCAAUUAUAAACAGACUUGACGAUAUGUACAGUUUGGUGAAGUUCUUAAAUCUAGAACCAUGGUCUCAAAUUGGAUUUUGGAAACAAUUUGUAUCGAUUCCUUUCGAAAAUAAACAUUUUAAGGAGGCAUUUGACGUUGUGAAUUCAAUUUUAGAACCAGUUUUUCUAAGAAGAACAAAAUCGAUGAAGGACGUUGACGGUAAACCUUUAGUCGAUCUUCCACCAAAGGAAGUUGUUGUUGAAAGGCUGCAAUUCAAUGAAGAUCAAGAUACAGUAUAUAAGCAGCUAUUAAAUAGGGCAGAAGAUUCAGUCAAGCUUGGAUUAGCACGUGGUGAUUUAUUGAAGAAGUAUUCUACAAUUCUGGUUAAUAUUCUUAGACUAAGGCAGGUGUGUUGUGAUGUUAGAUUGCUAGGCUCAAAAGAUGAAAACGAUGAGGAUUUGUCCAAUAAUAACAUAAUGUUGAAUGGUCAACUUGAUAUCAAUUCUUUGCUUACUGGUAACGAUAAUGGUACCAAAACGAAUGAUUUUACAGAAGAGGAAUUAGCAAAAACAAUUAAAAUUAUUGGUGAAAAAUAUUACCCAAUAGAGGACAGCUCAUCGUUUGAGUGUUCUAUAUGCACAACAGAACCUAUUGCUCUAAGUGCAAUAAUAUUUACUGAAUGUGAACAUGCGUUUUGUAAAGGAUGUUUGAUAGAAUAUUGUGAUUAUCAGCAUAUGAAAAAUCUUGACAUGAAAUGUCCCUUAUGUAGGCACGAAAUUUCAAAGGAUAGAUUAUUGGCGCUGAAAAAGAAAGAAGAUGGAUCAUAUGAACUAUGUCAUUUCAAUACCAAAUCCAGAAGUUCGAAAAUAGUUGCAUUGGCAAACCAUCUUCAACAACUUCAAGACUCAAGUCCCAGUGAACAAGUCGUGGUAUUUUCUCAAUUUUCAAGUUAUUUGGAUAUUUUGGACAAUGAGUUAGGAGAAAUUUUCUCAUCGAAAUCAACGAAGAUUUACAAAUUUGAUGGAAGAUUGAGUUUGAAGGAUCGUUCUUCCGUUUUAAAAGAUUUUCAAAUCAAAAUUCCAGGGGUACAAAAAAUUUUGUUAUUAUCCCUGAAAGCUGGUGGGGUUGGUCUAAAUUUAACAUCUGCUUCAUAUGCAUUUAUGAUGGACCCGUGGUGGUCACCUAGCAUGGAGGAUCAAGCCAUUGAUAGAAUCCAUAGAAUUGGACAGAAGAAAAACGUUAAGGUUACACGAUUUAUUAUGGAAAACAGUAUUGAAGAAAAGAUGUUGCAAAUCCAAGAACGGAAGCGUACUAUUGGAGAAGCUAUGGAUGCUGAUGAAGACGAUAGAAGAAAGAGAAGAAUAGACGAAAUCAAGAUGCUAUUUGAAUAA